CAAACAACCACCAUGGCAUCAGCAGUUUUUGAAUUGCCACAAAAUACAACUGCAAUGUCAAGUGGAUCAAACGCAACAAAUACAAGCACGGCUACCGCUACUUCAACCACCAAUGAAUUAGUAACGAUAUCAAAUACUGCAUCUGAAACAACUGCAACAUCUCUUAUCGCAGAUACGUCUCAAGGAGCAGACAUUGUGAAUUCGUCCUCUUACGCAACUUCGCCAAGCACAAAUAGCGUUGCUCAAACGGCUACUGAAACGGUAACCUCUAAUACUCAAUCAAAUGUGUUGAUGACAACCGUCGCAACAACAACUAUUGAAACAUCAGGAAACGAAUUUGGAAUAUCUACAACUGACGAAGUGGCAACGCAGGCGAGCUUUAACGGGACACACAUAACCACCAUGGCAUCAGCAGUUUUUGAAUUGCAACAAAAUACAACUGCAAUGUCAAGCGGAUCAAACGUAACAAAUACAAGCACGGCUGCCACUACGUCAACAACGAUUGAAUCAGUAACGAUAUCGAAUACUGCAUCUGAAAUAACUUCCACAUCUAUUGCAUCGUCCACUAUUAUCGUGAAUGCGUCUCAAGACAUUGUGAAUUCGUCCUCUUACGCAACUUCGCCAGGCGCAAGUAGCGUUGUUCAAACAGCUACUGAAGAGUCAACCUCUAAUACUCAAUCAGAUAUUUUGAUGACAACAGUCGCUACAACAACAAUUGAAACAUCAGGAACCGAUGUUGGAAUGUCUACAACUGACGAAGGGGUAACGCAGGCCAAUUUGUCCGGAUCACAAACAACCACCUUGGCAUCAGCAGUUUUUGAAUUGCAACAAAAUACAACUGCAACUUCAAGUGGAUCAAACGAAACAAAUACAAGCACGGCUACCUCUACUUCAACCACCAAUGAAUUAGUAACGAUAUCAAAUACUGCAUCUGAAACAACUGCAACAUCUAUUGCAUCGUCAACUCUUAUCGCGGAUACGUCUCAAGGAGCAGACACUCAAUCAAAUAUGUUGAUGACAACAGCUCCAACAACAACCAUUGAAACAUCAGGGAACGAUGUUGAAAUGUCUACAACCGAUGACGUGGCAACGCAGGGGAACUUCAACGGAACACAAAUAACCACCAUAGCAACAGCAAUUUUUGAAUUGCAACAAAAUACAACUACAAUGUCAAGUGGAUCAAACGAAACAGAUUUGAACACAGCAGUCGUCAAUGCAACAACAAGUCAAUCAGUAACAACACCAAUCUUUGAGCCAACAUCAGGCGCUACUAUGAAUGCCACGGAAGGGACAGAGGGCUGA